CAUCUAGUGUGUGGUUCUUGCGAAUAAUUUAUUUUAUGAGAUUCGAUUUGUGAAAAAUAUUAAUUUCAUACAAACGUAGAAGAAUUUAUUUUUUUUGCUCGCAUAUUUUGAUACUCAGAUGAAUUAUUAUUCGCUCGUUUAGCGAUAUAAUACCGUUAACGUGAAGGCGGGGCUGUACACGUCAUCGAAAAAGCAGCAACUGGUGCAUGUGAAAAGAAUUGAUCGUUCAUGCAAUUACACAAGUUAAUGAAAUAUAAUAAGAAGUAAUUGGGGUAAAAUAAAGUUAAUAAAAACAAUAAAAAAAAUAAAAAGUUGAAGAUGAGCCAGCUAACAGAAAUAUUAAGAAAGGAAUUUCCAGCUAUGGACAAUGAGCUUAAAGAGUAUGUGGAAGGAGUCUUGGCAGGCAGCUUGGACGAUUUUGAAUCCUGUGAUGAUAUAUAUGAUGCGGUUGGCGAUAUACUGCAAAGUAUUAAUAGCGAAAAAACGGAAGAUAAUAUACGCGAUCUUUGCAGCCAGUUUUACAACAUUAUGAAAGUUAGCACUAAAAAUGUCGAGCAUAAGGUAUUAAACGCGCCCGUUAACAUAGCCGAAAUGGCGAAGAGUAUGGAAUCCAAAGAUAAGGAUGUGCAAAGUAUUUGGGUGGUUAAUAAGGAUAAUAUAAAUAAGGUCGAUUCCAAAAAAUUAGAAAAAGCUGAAGCAAAAUUGCAACAGAAGCAGGAGAAACGACAAGAUUCCACCAAAUAUACAACAGCACCAGUGAAAUUACAACAAGCUACCGCAUCACAAGUAACAAAUAAAAAAGCGAUCAAAUUAGAUGCCAAAGGAGUUAAUCGCUCGAUGGAUGUGAAAAUUGAAAACUUUGAUUUAGCUUUUGGUGAUAAAGUACUACUACAAAAUGCAAAUUUAGUGCUAAGUUUCGGUCGGCGUUAUGGAUUAGUAGGCCGCAAUGGCUUGGGUAAAACCACAUUAUUGCGAAUGAUUUCAGAACGUCAACUGCAAAUACCUUCGCACGUUACCGUCCUUCAUGUCGAACAGGAAGUAGUGGGCGAUGAUACUGCGGCUGUGGACAGUGUACUUGAAUGUGAUACAGAGCGAACACGUUUAAUGGUUCGUGAAAAAGAAAUUAUGAAUUUAUUGAAUAUGGGCAAUCAAGAUGCCGCCAUCAAUGCAGAGCUUAGUGGAAUAUAUGUACAACUACAAAACAUCGAAGCUGAUAAAGCAGUGGCCCGAGCUUCGGUAAUAUUGAAAGGACUCGGAUUUGAUACUGCUAUGCAGCAAAGGCCAACAAAAUCAUUUUCAGGUGGUUGGCGAAUGCGUUUAGCUUUGGCACGUGCCUUAUUUUCUAAACCCGAUCUUUUAUUGUUGGAUGAACCCACCAAUAUGUUGGAUAUUAAAGCUAUUAUAUGGUUGGAGAAUUAUUUACAAACUUGGCCAACCACCCUCCUGGUGGUAUCGCACGAUCGCAAUUUCUUGGAUACCGUACCCACCGAUAUAAUACAUUUACAUUCCCAAAAAUUGGAAGCUUACAAGGGUAACUAUGAACAGUUCGACAAGACGAAAACGGAAAAACUUAAAGCCCAACGUCGCGAAUAUGAAGCUCAGAUGGCACACCGAGCUCAUGUUCAAGAAUUCAUUGAUCGUUUCCGGUACAACGCUAAUCGUGCAGCAUCGGUCCAAUCAAAAAUUAAAAUGUUGGAAAAACUACCCGAAUUGCAACCGGUGGAAAAGGAAAUGGAAGUCAAAUUAAAGUUUCCUGAUGUUGAACCAUUAAACCCUCCUGUUUUAGCUAUAUCAGAAGUCGAAUUUCGCUACAAUACCGAAGAUCCGCUGCCUAUUUUUAGUAAUGUCAAUCUUUCCGCUAAUUCAGAUUCGAGAAUAUGCAUUGUAGGUGAAAACGGUGCUGGCAAAUCAACUUUAUUAAAAAUCAUUGUUGGUCAGCUGGCGACGCCUAUCGGUAAUAUAGUAUCCCAUCGUAGUCUACGCGUUGGUUAUUUCGCUCAACAUCACGUCGAUCAUUUAAAUAUGAAUCAGACUUGUGUAGGAGUUUUGUCUGAACUAUUUCCAGGUCGGCCCGAUGAGGAAUAUCGUCGCCAAUUGGGUAGUUUUGGCAUAUCCGGCAAUUUAGCUUUACAAAGCAUAGCUAGUCUAUCAGGAGGGCAAAAAUCACGAGUAGCUUUAGCUAAAAUGUGCAUGGCUGAACCAAAUUUUUUGGUCCUUGAUGAGCCUACAAAUCAUUUAGAUAUCGAGACUAUUGAUGCUUUAGGUAAAGCCAUUAAUGCAUUUAAGGGUGGUGUCGUCUUGGUUUCUCACGAUGAACGUUUGAUUAAGGUUAUUUGUAAAGAACUUUGGGUCUGCGGUAGUCGUACGGUACGUGCGGUAGAGGGUGGACUCGAUGAAUAUAAACGCGAGGUAUACAGAGAAAUCGAAGCCACCAGUUAAUUCUACAUAAUGCAGCCCAAAUUGGAAAGCACAUGAUCGCCUAUUAUAUCCAAGAAGAUACAAAUGAAUUGAAAAAAUAAUACAACAAAAGAGAGCUUAUAUUCGGCUUGAUCCGAAUCUUUGACACCCAUCCCGUAUGAUCUUUGUAGUGUCUAUAUAAAACUUCUACGGAUAACAGACAUUCUCUGUUUUACAUUAUCACAAACCGUACUUUGCAUACGCAUAUUGAAGCAGGAUUAUUCAUAUUUAAUUAGUUUUUUUGCGAAGCGUACAUUUUUGUUGCAUAUAAAGAGGUCGGUGAGUGAGUAUGCUAUUCGAUAUUUAUAUUUGUUAUUAAUUGAUUAUUAAAGCAUAUAAUUAGUUCUAAUAGAUAGAUCUAUGCUUUCGAUUCAACGCAAAGUGAAAUAUAAAGUGAGAUACGCAAGACGAGAAAUCAAAUAUGAAUUAUAAAAAUAGUAGAAACGAUUGCUUGAUACCGUCUUCUUGUUAGCGGCCAAUGUGCAACAAUAAUUGUAAAAUUCUUUCUCAUAAUUUUUUAAUUAACAAGCUUAAAGGCGAUUUUAGUAAUCUAUUAAUAGGGGCGUGUUGGUAGGGCGAGGUUUUUCUCUUUUGAAAUCAAUUACGAAUAUGGCUUACUCUUGUGAUUUUGAAAUACAUGCACGUAUAUUAUAAACGGAAUAAUAAGGUAGAUAUACUUUUGAUCAUGUGUAUGAAGGUUCUUUAGUUACUAAAAACUAUUUUUGUUAUCGGAAGAACAAUUAGUUAAUGAUGUGAUUGCCAUGUUGCAAGUGUUAUAUCGUAUGAAGAAAUUACCAGAAGCAAAGAAUUUAAUAGUCACACACAAAGACAUAUUUUUGACGACUAAAACACUAUUAUUUUUUUAAUCACAUAACCAUAAUUGGAAACACAUCAAUAAAAUAUACAUAUAUGUUCACCGGA